AUGGCGCUCGGGUGUCGACGUCGUCCCGCCACCGUUCCCACCGCCGCCCCGCAGGUAGAGCCGGAGGACAUGGAGGCGGAGGCGGAGUACCAAGCCGCCCUCGAGGAGGCCCUGCAGCACGCACUGGAGGCUAGCCGCCUCGAGGAGGAUGCGCACUGGGAUGGGCUGGAGCAAGCCCUUGCCCUGUCGGCAGCGGGGGGCUCUGUCCACACCCCGCUCUUCGUGCCACCACCGCCACCGUCGCCGCCUGUCCAGCCCAAGCCGGAGCCGGAGCCGACGCGUAAGCGCUCCCCGCCUCCACCCACUUGGCCGGAGGAGGCCUACUCGUGGACGGGCCAGUACCGUGAGUGGGUGAGCGUGCCUCCCGUCCACUUCGCCGCGACGCCGGAGGAGGAGGCGGCCCACCUCGAGCGAUGGAAGGAGCACUGGCUCCGCCAGGAGCAGGCCGACGGCGAGGAGCAGAUGCGCUACGACGCCAUGCUCCAACGCGACGCGGAGGCGCUCCGGCUCGAGGAGAAGGAGGAGCGCGCGCGGCUUGCCGCAAUGCCGCCGCCCCAGCAGACGCCGGAGGAGGCUGCCCUGGCAGCGUACCAGGCGGCGUUCGGGUGGGCUGGCCCUGCUCCGGUCUUCAUCGACCUCACCGACGACGGCGGCGUCGACGGCAAGGGCAAGAGCAAGGCCAACGACGUCUAG